ACAUUAUUUUAGCCAAGGUCAAGUAAAAGACCCGCAUCUGAACCAGACACCAGAUACUCAAGCUUGAUACUGUUGUUUUUGUGACCCUAAUGUGACUGAAGAGGAUUAUAUAGUGAUGGGUGGUAGUCCAAGUUAAGGCCCUGGUAAACCAUGGCCCUUCUACACAUUUUUAUAUUUGGAUUAUGUUUUGUCCUCAGUUUGACAGAAAAUCCCACUUGUCUGCUAGAUGAUCCGACGGGAACUUGCUCAGAUUUCACGACGACGAACGACCCGAUCGUAACGACGGCCGACUCCUGCGCGGCUCCCCUUAACAGUAACAGGAAAAUCACGAUAAAGCCGUGCGGUCGGGAAGGUAUAUCAUACGACGACUGUUACCAAGCUGGGUGCUGCUAUCAGAACUCAAAGUGCCAUCUACCGCUCACUGAGGAGAGAGUGGACUAUUUGUUUUUUAAAGAGAAGAUGCGGCACAGAGAAGCUUAUAGGGCUUGUCGUAAAUCAGGAUGGUAUAAGCUGCCGUGUAUAGUGGACGAUUUUCACUUCAACAGAGCGAGAUCCAGGUCAUGUGGCAACAUAUGGCUUGGAGGAUCAUACGCUGACAGCGAGUUUGCUACUCAAGUACCGUUAUACAAAGAGAAAUCUGAAGAUUGUUCUUCAAAGAUCGGCGUUAGCUGCAAGCUAUAUCCCCAGGGCUACGCUCUUGCCCUGGAGUUUUCUACCAACAAUUCCUUUUUCCUGUCUAUAGCUGAUAACUCAGAGACCAGACCUGUUCUUUGCAUCAAAGAAGAGUGGCGACCCCACAUUAGGACGUACCCUGACAAUGUCUCAUCAGAAAAAAAUAGCAACGUCAUGCUUUGUGGUUUGAUCUUCAGUGGCGAUGUUACCGCACAAAAACUAUAUGUUAAGUGGAACUUGUUCCACCCCAACGGAACAAAAACCAGAUUAAAAGUCAAAAAGUACGUGACACAACUAUCAGCUCAGUACUACGGUGACUCAAUUAGAGCUGAGGCUCCUGGAAAAUACGUAUGUUCCUUCACCUUCCUCGAUAACGAGAGAGAGUCUGCAGAGAGAACAGCAUGGGCCUACCACUACACUGAUCUAAGCUGUGACUUAUCAGUGGACGGGGAGAUCUAUUCCGAUGAGAAUGUUCUAGAAAUUCAGAACGAAUACAACAAUGACAUUGUUAUCAGCCUCAUCUGUUCAGGAUACCCACUCCCUGAUAUUACAUGGACUAUUGAUGUUGUAAGUGGACAGGAUUCAGAACCAGAGCCCACUGACGAGAGACGUGGAGAGAGCCUCACGAUUACCAAGUUUGCAGCAAAGGAACCUCAAUUUGAAGACGUGACCUACACGAUAGGCAUCAAAUCCAAAUCAGACAUCACCACCCUUCCAGACAGAACCAUCAGAAUAACCAAACUUCCCAUACCCACGGAGUGCUCCGUCUCCUUGGUCAAGGGAGUCGAGGAGGAAAUCUUCCAUAUUCCCCAACGAUCUGUUCAGAGACCCGUUGAUGUCGGGGGAUCUUGUUAUGUGGCAUUCCAGUGCUUUGGUUAUCCAAAACCUAAUGUGACAGUUAUAAAAACAACGAAAACUGGAAACCACACAGAGGAACAGAACCUGACUCAAGACAUAAGAGACCUUAUUUUCGAAUCCUUCAUUGAUAACUUUGCAGCAGAGGUGCCACGAUCAGAAGACUACAGUACAAGCCUGACCAUGUCGGUAACACCACCAGAACAAGAAUCUUACUCUUUCACCCUGGAAAUCUCCAAGACAAAGGUCCCUACUUCAUGCUCUUUUCAGCUUAUUGAAAAUGGAACUGUUCUUGAAGAUCAUUCAGCUCUAAAAAUACGAGAUUUUCACCAAGUUAAUAUAUCCUCCUUCGCUGAUCAAAACUUUGAGCUGGACGUGAAUUGCACUGGUUUCCCUGCCCCUGAGUUAACUGCCGCCAUACUCACGAAAAAAGAAGACAGUGAUCCGUCAGAGCAAACACUUGCACCGUCAAUGGAACAUCUUAGCUGGAGACUAAACAGUUUUGCCAGCGAGGCAUCAGUAGCUCAGGACUACACCCUUACCCUGAACUUGACCACUCAAUCAGGCGACCACCCUCCAGUUAACAUGCUCCUGACACUAGUGAAGACUAUCAUCAUGUUCGAUAUGGAUAUUCCUCCUGCUGUGAUGAAGAUAGAGGCUGCAGAGGCUUCUGUUUCAGAUGAAGGAGAUUUACAGGCUGCGGUUGGAAAGGUCACUCUUCCCUGCAAAGGAGCGAGUGGGCCCAGUUUCCCAAACCCUGUUGCUUUCUGGGAGCUCAACGACGAGCGUUUAAACCUUGAUACAGAGAUGGGUCAGCAUAUUCGAUAUAAACACCCGGACAAGUCGGAUAUUGAUUCCACGAUUGUCAUCACGACAAAGUCGUCUAUAAUAGCUGGAGCCUACAGAUGUGUGAUCCUGAUUGACAACAAGUUUACUGAUAACUACACAACAGAGCUGCUGGUUGACUUACCCCCAAUCCCGCCUAGCCCGACUCUCAUUAUUGAUAUCGAGGGUACGGAUAGAGUGCAGGCUGCUAGCUCCCUGCAGCCUUCUUACCCUUACCUUGGAGAUGUCAGCUUUAUUGGUGUACUCUAUUCUGGUGACACUAUUCUAGACGAGAGUAACGAGACCACCAUAUACGAAGAUCAAAUUCAUGCGACGUUUACAGUGCCUUCAGGAAGUGGGAAGAUACAAAUAGGUUUCAGAGCAAGCAAUGAAUACGGUGACUCAGCAAUAUCACAAAAGUCGCAUGAACUGGAGAUUUUACCUGAUACCCCACGCUCAUCAGUAACCAAGAUUGAGAGAGACGAGCAAAAGGCAGGGAACGCCUCCUCCACCCUUAGUCUUAAGUUUAAUGAAAUACCUGGAGUUGAUGAGUAUGAAGUGAGGUUGUUCAGUGCAGAUGGAACCCUCCAGAAAGUUAUCAAGGAUAUUACUGAAAACGGAAUUACAGUGAACGAGUUGAAGCCGGGGACCGGCUAUUUUAUCGAAGUUAGAGGUGUUAACAUUGUGGACGGGAACAGAGUUUACGGCCCCAACAGUCUAGCUAGCAGCUUCACUACAGCACCUCAUGAGCUGCCAGCACCUUCUAAUCUUCAGGGAACACCGUUGGAAAGUGACGGUAACAAGUCAGCAGUGCUUCUUACCUGGGACACGGCCAAAGUAAGCUCGGAGUUUGUGGACUAUUACCUGAUGAAUAUCAAACGAGCGGGGGAGGACCAAUCAAAGGAUACAGAUAAUCUGACAAGAAAGAAGAGGCAAGCUCUGCAGACCUACCAAGCUGUGAGAAUCCCAUUCGGAGCCCGAGCUAAAGUUAUCAAGAACCUGGAUGGUGGCACACGAUACGAGUUUAUCCUGCAAAGUUACUCGUCUGAUUUCGGGGAAAGCGAGCCAGCGAAGGUGACAGUACAAACUCUAACGGCAGGACCGUGUCCUUACACCAAACCAGAGUUGUACCCUCCUCGGAACUGCCCUCCUAGAGUUUCUCUAGACAGAAAUUAUCUUUACCUCAAGUUCUAUUUCGAUUGCUACAGCGGUAGAGGACUGGAUUUUAUUGGUAAGCAUAGCUCAACACAAAAAGGAGAAUGUGCUGCUUGGACAGAAGAAAAUCUUAAACAGUUCGACUCAAAAAACCUGAACCUUCCAGAAAUAGGGACGAACUACUGUCGUAACAUAAAGAACAGUAUGAAAGACAGCAGAACACAUCACGAUAAACCCUGGUGUUAUCUACCAGACGGUUCCAACGAAACUUGUUCUGUUCGACCUUGCCAGAACAAGGUGAGCGAGACAUGUUACCAAGACGAGGGUCACUCUUUCAGAGGGUUGGGGUACAGCGAGAAGUGCGCUCCUUGGAGGGAGGAGAUUCUCGAGCAGCACCUCAUCUCUCAGUUCCCUGAACAGAUCCUGGGAAGCAGUGCGUGUAGGAACUGGGAGGGGAGCAACAUGACCAGACCCUGGUGCCUGACAACUGAUGGAGCUAAAUCGGAAUGUCCCGUCCCUCCUUGUGGAUCUGGGCUGGUUAGGUUUGAGUCAGGAGAGUCCACCACCUACUACAGCGUCUCGGAGAGAAAGGACUAUGCCUGCAUACCAUUACAAAAUGACAGAGUCAGUGUCGGAGUCAAACAUACCUUCGGGGCAGAGGACUGUCAGUCAGACGAGAUUUACCCGGAGAUCAUCAUACCAGCAGAGAUCACAACAUCAGACAGAUUGUGGGUCAGAUACUUACUAGUAGAGAUCGUCAUAGUCCUGAUAGUAAUGCUUGUUAUUGGAGCACUGAAACUUCGGCUGAGAUUUUUGCCUGAACCAGAGCAGAAAGCCCGUGUGUAUCUUCGUGGUUUUGAACGUGUUGAAUUAGCAGUAACAAUUAAUACUGAUGCUACUCGUUGUAAGUCUGUGGUUAUUUCUACUGUAUCGCAAGCGUAUUAUAGUAAGACGGACUUCAGUGAUGAGUGGUAAAAGUGGAACGAGGAAGGAAACCAGCUCCACCGGAGUUAGCUCCCUCAGAACAGCAAGUAUAAGAGACAGAUAACUUUCUUAUCUCCCUCCGACAUGCUCUAUACUUCUUAUCUGAUAUGAAACUCUAGCUGCGGGCACAGUCAUGAUGCCCAUUGCUCUUGCUUGGUCAAUUUGUCAUGAAUGAUCUCGCAUGAAAAUUUUUGCUCAAUGUACUUGAACUUAGACGAUUUUCAAUUUUCUUAGUAACUUGCUGAUCAUUAUAGUUAAUUUAACCUAAUUUCUUGCUGUUCUGUUGCUAACUGUAAUAUUUUAAGUAUGUUAUUGAAGCUGACUUGAAUUCUCAUGAUACAGUUUCAUAGUAAGGGUACGGAAUGUCGACAAAGAUAGAGUCAACGAGUCUUGCUGUAUGCUUACAAAUUUAUGAUUAUUUUCUACCAUUUCUUACCGAAUGAAUCUUUUUAUUAUGAAUAUCCUGCUGCGUUUAAAAAAUACGUUUUAUUG